AUGAGAGUGCCUUCUCCGCACCCAAAUCACAACCCUACGAACAACGUCGUCAAUCUCAACACCGUUUAUCCGCUGGGAACUGAACUCGAUGUCAAUUAUCAUCUAUUUUCACUCUUGACCGCAUGCUGGAGUAUUAAUUCCAAUUGUCUGACAAUGGCGUCGGCUGGCCCUCUUUACCUUGGCUUCGACCUUUCCACUCAACAACUCAAAGGAUUAGUGGUUGAUUCAAGUCUGCGCAAAGUCCAUGAAGCGAAAUUCGACUUUGAUGCCGAUUCUCAAGGCUUCGAUGUCAAAAAGGGUGUUCUUGUCAAUGAAGCCGAGCGUGAAGUCUUUGCUCCUGUAGCAAUGUGGCUGCAAGCCAUUGAUACUCUGCUUACCAGACUGAAGGAAAAUGGCUUGGACUUUGCACGAAUUAAAGGAAUCAGUGGCUCCGGCAUGCAACAUGGAAGUGUCUUUUGGAGCGCCGAUGCCGAGCAACUCCUCGCUCAACUGCAACCAGAGAAAACAUUGCAAUCGCAACUUGACGAAGCAUUUGCUCAUCCUUUUAGUCCUAAUUGGCAGGACGCAAGCACACAAAAGGAGUGUGAUGAGUUUGACGCCAUUCUGGGCAACCAGUCUCAACUGGCGGAUGCCACAGGAAGCAAAGCUCACCAUCGAUUCACCGGACCGCAAAUCUUGAGAUUCCAGCGAAAAUAUCCCGACAAAUACCUCAAGACAUAUAGAAUUACACUAGUCUCGUCAUGGUUGGCAACAAUGUUUCUGGGCAAGUUUGCUCCAUUCGACAUCUCAGAUGUCUGUGGAAUGAACCUUUGGGACAUAAAAGCCGGCAAGUGGAACGAGAAGUUAUUGGCACUUGCUGCUGGUCCCUCUGGAGUCAAGGUAUUGCAGAAGAAGCUCGGAGACGUGCCUGAAGAUGGUGGAAUUCAUCUUGGUUCUAUUUCACCAUAUUUUGUCAAGCGCUAUGGCUUCAGCUCAGAUGCCACCAUUAUUGCCUCCACAGGGGACAACCCUUCGACGAUUCUAGCACUGCCACUCCGCUCAAACGACGCUAUGGUGUCACUUGGCACGUCCACUACAUUUCUCAUGUCGACAAGCGAAUAUAAACCAGAUCCAGCGACGCACUUUUUCAAUUCCCCGACGACGGCAGGGUUAUACAUGUUCAUGCUCUGCUACAAGAACGGCGGGUUGGCAAGAGAAAAGGUUCGCGAUGCCAUCAACUCGGCCUCAUCCAAUAUCCAAGAUAAGAAUUCAUGGGAGGCAUUCGACAAGCAUCUCCUCUCCACCGCGCCCUUUGCCCAGAGCAACCCAUCAGAACCGCUGAAUCUAGGUCUUUACUUCCCACGACCAGAAAUCAUCCCGAACCUCCCCGUGGGUGAAUGGCACUACUCGUAUGACCCAGAAACGGACAAACUCAUUCGUACCAACGGCGUUCCAGAAUCUCCAACACAGGAUGCACGAAUCAUUGUCGAGUCACAAUUCCUCUCAUUACGCCUACGGUCACGCGAGCUUGUCUCAUCGCCCGCACCGUCUCUCCCACCACAGCCUCGUCGCAUAUACCUUGUCGGAGGUGGCAGCCGCAACAGCGCCAUCGCCAAGGUUGCUGGCCAAGUGCUGGGUGGCAGCGAAGGAGUUUUCAAACUCGAUGUAGGCGAAAACGCCUGUGCUCUCGGCGCUGCAUACAAAGCCGUUUGGGCUAUCGAACGUGAUGGAUCAAAAGGCGAGACGUUUGAAGAACUCAUUGGCAAGAGAUGGCGUGAAGAAGAGUUUGUUGAGAAGAUCGCGGAGGGUUAUGAUCCAGACGUUUUUGAGAGAUAUGGUGCGGCACUCAAGGGGUUCGAGCGCAUGGAGACUGAGUUGCUGAAAGAGUAUCAACAGCAUUAA